CCUAGCAGAAAAUGUCUGGCGUGUCUUACUUAAUGACUUCCUCGAUGGAAUCCAAGAUUAAUCUAAUACAACCUAGAAGCAGCUCCCUCGCCUGUUACCUUGUGCUUCCACCCAUGCUUGCCCCGCCACAGCGACGUCGACCCGGCUUCAGACAUCUUUCAGCCUCCGUUCUACCAGGACCUCUAAGCCCGUGUCGAGUGAUUCUGCCCCAGUCAAAAGAACUCAUGGAGAGUUACGAUAACAACUAUGCCUUCAUCAAUGUGGAGUCUCUUUGUGAUACCAAUAAUAACAAGGAAUAUGAUCAAAUCCUUUUGCAACCGUUCACUCACGUCCUCCAAGUCACGGGCAAGAUGACUAGAGGGAAGUUAGUUGAGGCUUUCAAUUACUGGAUGAGGAUACCUGAGGAUAAACUAAGGGCCAUAUCUGAGGUUAUCUACUUGCUGCAUAAUGCUAGUCUUUUAAUAGAUGACAUAGAGGACAACAGUGUUUUACGACGAGGUAUCCCUGUGGCACAUCGAAUAUAUGGAACUGCAGCAACCAUAAACUCUGCUAAUUAUGUUUAUUUCCUGGGUCUCGAGAAAGUUCUCGCCCUGAAUCAUCCAAAGGCAACUACAAUAUUUUGUGAGCAGCUUCUGGAGCUCCAUCGCGGGCAGGGCAUGGAGAUCUACUGGAGGGAUUCAUUUACUUGUCCGUCGGAGGAAGAAUACGCACAGAUGACCUUAAGGAAAACAGGGGGAUUAUUUGGCUUGUCUAUUCGCUUAAUGCAACUUUUCAGUCAAACUCAAGAGGACUUUUCAAGAAUCACAGGGAUUUUGGGGCUAUACUUCCAGAUUCGUAAUGACUAUGCAAUCCUUUGCUUGAAGGAGUACUGUGACAGCAAGAGCUACUGUGAGGAUUUGACAGAAGGCAAAUUCAGCUUUCCGGUCAUCCAUGCCAUUAAAAGUCAACCUGGCGACCAGCAAGUAAUUAAUAUCCUUCGUCAGAGACCCGAAGACCUGGAAGUUAAACGCUACUGCGUAUCCCUUCUGGAGAAAUUUGGUUCCCUUGAGCACACCAAAGAAACCAUGAAGAAACUGGAGGCUGAAGCGAGAGAGGAGAUCACCAGGCUAGGAGGCAAUCCGCACUUGGAGAGAGUGUUGGAUGAGCUCCGGAACUGGGAGAGCCUCUAAAGGCAGGAGGAUGUGUCUCAGAAGCUUAUUUAUUUAUUACACUAGAAAAUAAUAUUUUUUUUUACAGGGUCUCUUUUGUGUUAAGAUAUUUUUGUAAUGUGUAUAUGAAGCAAGGAAAUCAGUAGCACACCAAAGAAACCAUGAAGAAACUGGAGGCCGAAGCGAGAGAGGAGAUUGCCAAACGAGGAGGCAACCCGCUCCUGGAGAGUGUGCUGGACAAACUCCGGUUCUGGUAGAGCUUUGAAGCAGCGAUUCCUAACUCUCUUGAGAAGCGACUUGGAAUGACAUCCUCAAGGCGACCCUUCUGUAUUUUAGAUGCAAAUCGUAACGCCUACCCUAGGUAACUUGUACUUAUGCUAUGUGAUGGUAGGAUACUAAGUACACUAUUGGAAAGCCUAAAUUUCUUAGUAAGUGCUUCUGUAUCGUGGCGUAAAGUAUUCUUUAUUGUUUAAUCCUUGAGUUAGUGGUCAAGGUAUUAGUUUCACUUUAUACCUAGCUAACAGGAAAUUGGUUCACAGAAAUGGAUACACACACACACACACACACACACACACACACACACACACACAUACACACACACACACAUACACACACUAACACACACACACACACAC